ACCAAACAACCUCUUUGAUCUCCAUGAAACAAUAGCAGUGGUCCUCUACGAUGGGUUUCUCUUUGUGGCAUUUGUUCAAGGCAGGACUGUUGAUGUGCAAUGCGUUUUUGAUUUUGAAUCGACGACGAUUUUUGGCCAAAUACGGUCUGGAUGACAUGAACAGCCAGCAUGCCAAUGCGUCGAACAAUCCAUUGAUACAGCAAGCUGCGGGGUUGCUCCAUGCCGUGCAAUACCUCAGGGUCCCCGUCAUUGUCGCCAAUAUUUUGACCAUUGUAUUUGAAGUAUUGAUUGGAGGUUGAGUGAUACCAUGCGUACCACGCAACAGUGGAAGGGAUACGAAGCAAAAUUGGGCGUUGCAGGUUGCUACCAACACAAUUAGUUUUCCAUGGGAGCAUUCCACAAUUUGCAUGGUAUCCCAAGCUAGUUGCUAGCUAGCUAGAAUGCCAACACUGAAAAAGUCACGA